GAUGCCAAAUUGGCCAAUGUGGUGGAACUUAGAUCCAAAUUAAUCUUAUGAUGAGAGGUUUAAUAAAUUCUAGGACACUAAAGCCAUAUAUGUGUUUCUAUUUUUGGGUUUUAAAAAUUAUUUACUUCACUUGUCCAGUAGAAAUGACCCAAUACAGGAAAUUUUUUGUGCCCAUCCCUUGUUUGGACUCGCCUUGGUUCUGGGCAUAGCGUGGGGUUUAGGGGUUGUUGUAUUAAAUAGCUGGCCAAAUGGGAUGAUAGUACCCUUAAGUUUGGGGAUCAGAGUGAUAUGGUGCCAUCGACUAACAUCAACACAUCCAGAAUAUUGCUCUGGCAUAAUGCAAUUAGAAAAGAGCUAAGUGAGAUAGCAGUGGAGACCAGAAAGAAACAAAGUUCAGGGGAUUUUACAAAUCUAUCCUCUUUUAAUCAAAGAUUGCAGUUCAUUGCUGAAGUUUGUAUAUUUCAUAGUAUUGCUGAGGACAAAGUUAUUUUUCCAGCAGUAGAUGGAGAAUUGUCAUUUUUUCAGGAGCAUGCUGAAGAAGAAAGCCAGUUUAAUGACUUCCGGUGUUUGAUUGAAGGUAUUCAAAGUGAAGGAGCAACAUCUAAUUCAGAAGUUGAAUUCUUUUCAAAGUUAUGCUCACAUGCUGAUCAUAUAAUGGAAACCAUAGAGAGACAUUUCCAUAAUGAAGAAGUUCAGGUCCUUCCACUUGCAAGAAAGCACUUUAGCUUUAAAAGGCAAUGCGAACUUCUGUAUCAAAGCUUGUGCAUGAUGCCUCUGAAAUUGAUUGAGCGUGUCCUUCCAUGGUUGAUAGGAUCAUUAACUGCAGAAGAAACAAAGAUGUUUCUGAGAAACAUGAAGUCGGCAGCUCCAGAAAUGGAUUCUGCUAUAGUUACACUCUUCUCUGGGUGGGCUUGCAAGGCUCGUAUUGAAGGUCUAUGUUUGUCUUCUGGUGCUUCAGGCCUAUUGUACUCUGAUGAUGACAAAAGAUUGGAUGAAUGUGGAGUCACAUGGUGUGAAGUUCUUGUAUCUAGAUACUAAGAAGGGUCACAUAUUGAGGAAGGUACUGCCAUGAAUGCUAUAGGAUGAUGAAAAGAUGAAGAUGGAGGUGGUGGUGGAUUUGUUGAAUUUGGGUUUGGAGAUGCAGCAAAAUAGGUGGAUGCAACUAAGGAUAAAGAUGGGGUUGAAGGUCUAAAAUUUAGAGAUUGGGAGGGUAGGGAGUUCUUGAUCAAAUCUGUGAUAGCAAUGCUAUGCAAUGUGGCCAAUUCGGCCCCAAAGCUGACAUUGUGGUCUUGAUGGACCUGAAUAGAACCUCCUCCUCUACCAGACCUACCACCUCUACCUCUUCUUCCUCCAGAAUUCUGAGCAAUGUUAGGAAUUAAAGAAAAAGAAGCAUGAGUGAGCUGAGCUUGAGCCAUCAAAUUAUCUGACUUUCUAAAUAUUUCAAUCAUAUCCUCAUGUUGUAAUAUUAGGGCUUCAAAUUAUGGUAGAGUAAAAUUUUCAAGCUUUGAUUUAACUGUUGUUAGCAGCAUCUAAUAAUCCUCAUUGAGUCCUUCAAGAAGGAUCUCAAUGUGUUCCUCACAGGUCAAGGGACUGCCAAGGCCUGCUAUUGAAUCUGUCAGGAGUUUGAUUUUUGAUAUGUAUGCAGAAGUUGUAAGGCAUCUUUUCUUGGUAGCCUUGAGCUCUGAUUGAGUGUUUCACUCUGAAUUUUAUGGACUUGGAAAAGUAUUCUUCAAUGAUGAACCAUAUUUCAUAAGCAUAAGUGCAAGAUACCAUCUUGUUCUUGAAUUCUGGCUCUAUAGAAGCAAGCAACUACGAGAUGAGGUUGUUGUCGUUUUGUCUCCAAAUCUUAUGAGAGGAUGCAGCAGGAUUGCUAUUUUGAUUGGUGACAGAAGCAUUUUCUGAUGGUACACGAUCUGCAUAGAGGUGAUCCUCAAGAUCCUGUCCUCUAAUUGCCGCUAGUGCUUACUGUCUCCAGGCUUCGAAAUUCUUCUCACCAACACCAAGUUUAUUAGUAAUUAGAGUGAAGGGUCUUUGGUUGAAGGAAUUUCAUUGCAUGUUGGAGAUAUUAGAAUUGUUAUUGACAUUGGCGUUGGAGUUAUCUCCUGAAUUCACCUUUGAGAAAGCCAUGGAUCUUCACACCUUAGGCUCUUGAUACCAUGAAGGAAUUCUGACUAGCUUGCACCAUAAGACAGCCAAGAAGAAUGCAGAAUAAUGCAGAGAGGAAAAGCACAGACUUGAUGUAAAAAUUCAAUUGUGCACUAUUUAAAACUAAAAGUAACAAGAAAAUCAAUAAGGUGAAAUACUACUACUGAAUUCUAUUCACGAAACUUGAAAAACAUUUUUAGAGAGAGCUAGAGUAUUUAUACACCCAUUGUAACAGAAUUAGUAACUACUAAUAC